GGUAAAACGUCAAUUAUCGAUCGGCAGCUUCCACUCUUUUGCGGUGAUAAGGUAAUCGUUGAUAGAUUCCUUCCUUCGACAAACGAAAUGUAAAUUUUACAAUUCUCCUCUUCCUGUCUUCUUCCUUGCUUGUUUUUGUUUCUUGUAAAUACUACAAGCUUUAGCGACUUCUAGUUAUGUUCCGCGCAUCAUGAUCAAAUCUAUUCGAUCAGGCCUUUGGACCUGCUCAAGGUGUCUCCGGCAAGCCUCCCGAGCUCGAGGGAACCAAACACGAUGGGCUUCUUCCGGUUCCGGCGCCGUUACGCUCCCUCGCCCGCAUAUACCGAUCGAUCAUUCUCCUCCCGAUCUAAAACAUGACGAUGCUCUACUACGUCAGAUCUUCGACUCGCCGCAAACUUUAAAGGACUCCGUGAAGCCUUUAUUCAACUAUGCGACUGGCCAAAAUGUCGGCUUGUUCAGAAACAAGUACUUGACCUCGCCUCAGGGGUUUCUCACCUUCGCGGAUGUCACCAUAAAGAGAGCACGGAAACUAGUUGCUAAGGUACUCAAUGCGUCUACAUUGGACGAGUACAAAGCUAUUGUUCGGGAUAUGGAUAGGCUGAGCGAUAUGCUAUGUCGUGUCUUGGAUGUUUCCGACUUUGUGCGAGUUACCCAUCCCGAUGCAAAAAUACAGGAAGCUGCGUCGCAGGCGUGGUCGUUAGUUUACCAGUAUAUGAACCAACUAAACACCGAGACCGGCCUAAGUGAUCAGUUGGGAAAGGCUCUCGCCAACCCGGAUGUUAUGGGAAGCUGGAAUGAAGAGGAACAGACCGUCGCCAAAUUACUACAAGAAGAUUUUAUGAAAUCAGCAGUCCACCUCCCGAAAGAGUCACGGGAUCGAUUCGUGGACCUGGCACAGAAUAUCAGCGACUUGGGAUCCUAUUUUGUGCAGGAUAUACAGCCCGAACAGCCUUAUAUUGAGCUUCCGAGCAGCCUUAUGUAUGGCAUGGAUCCACGGAUGGCGCAGAAAUAUACUCGCUUAGGUAAGAUCCGCCUCCCAACUAUGUCGCCUGAAGCAACAGUUGCGCUGAGGAGCGUGCAUGAUGAAAAUGCAAGAAAGGCAAUUUACUAUGCGACUCGAACAGCCUCUAGCAGAUCGAUUCGGAUCUUAGAAGCCAUGUUAAAAGCACGUGCCGAACUCGCAACGCUUUCUGGAUUUAAAAGUUACGGUCACAUGGCUCUUCAUGAGAAGAUGAUGGCAAAGACGCCGGAAUCAGUCUCCCAGUUCCUGUUAGCCUUGUCGAAAAACAAUGGCCCACUGGUCAAGGAAGAGAUCACAGAUCUUAUUCGGGAGAAAACUAAGAAGCUGCAUGAGGCAGCAACUAAUAUUCAGCCGUGGGACAGAGAGUAUUACAUGGAAAGUAUACGUACAUCUAUGAGAUCACGACGGCGGGAUGACGAUGUUUUAUCAGCAUAUUUCUCACUUGGCACUGUCAUGCAGGGCCUGUCAAGGUUGUUUACCCGUCUAUAUGGAAUCAGGUUUGUUCAUCGAGAAACCUUACCAGGAGAGACAUGGCAUCCGGAAGUGAGGCGAUUGGAUGUUAUAUCCGAUACCGACGGGCAUGUAGCAGUGCUCUAUUGUGACUUAUUUUACCGAGAAGACAAGUCUCCCAACCCUGCGCAUUUUACCGUGCGCUGCUCUAGAGAGAUAUCCAAGGCCGAAAUCCAAGAAGUAGCAGAACGAAACAGCGAGGGCGAGGACGUCGAGGGGCUCCCUGAAUUUGAAUCACCUAUUGAGGCAGCCAAUGAUGGGAUGCACGUGUCAGGUCAAUCCUCUAGCGGAUCAGUCAAACAGCUUCCAACCAUUGCGUUAAUAUGCGAUUUUGAAGAAAAACAGGGACGGCGCGGCCCGGCGCUCUUGGACUACUAUCAAAUGGAGACGCUCUUUCAUGAAAUGGGACAUGCAAUUCACUCCUUUCUAGCCCGAACUUCUUUACAGAAUGUGGCAGGAACUCGAUGUGCAACUGACUUGGCUGAAUUACCAUCGACAUUGAUGGAACAUUUCUGUGCGGACCCCUCUGUCCUUGCCUUGUUCGCACGACAUCAUAUCACAGAUGCGCCAUUACCGUACGAGAUGGUCGUACAUAAGCUUCAUGUUGCUAGGAGAUUUGAGGCAUCAGAUAGAGAGAAUCAAAUCAUACUAGCUAUACUGGACCAAGAAUAUCACUCAUCCCUACCGAGUCAUGAGGGGUUUAACUCAACAAAGACUUUCUUGGAUAUUCAGAAGAGAUUCGGAGCGCUUCCGCCUGAUCCCCUUGGGACCCGAUGGCAAGGCUUCUUUGGUCAUUUGGUCGGUUACGGGAGUACGUAUUAUAGCUAUCUGUUCGAUCAAGUGCUAUCCAAACGCGUAUGGCAAGUUGUCUUCUCAUCGGGCCAAAACGGGGCCGCGCUUGAUCGAGCGAACGGCGAGAGACUGAAGGAGGGUCUACUCAAGUGGGGCGCAAGUAGAGAUCCUUGGAGGUGUCUUUCGGAUGCGUUGCAAGAUGAACGUUUAGUGAAUGGUGAUGAGAAAGCUAUGAGGUUGGUAGGAAGUUGGGUUGCCAAGGACCAGUUCCAUGAGUAAGCAAGGACGGAGAUUUGGUGUACUAUGACCUGUAGCCUUAGGAUGUAUAGAUGGACCCAGGAAGAAUACCCCUCAACUGUUAUCAAUCUGAAUAGAAGGUUCUUCGGUGAUGAGUUUCCCCUUUUCCAUUUUCUUUUCCUGAGCCAUCACAGUUCUGUA